AUUUGAUUGAAAAAUGGACACCAAAUAAUCGUUUUUUUUACAUCAUCGUAACAACUACUUGUAAAAAAGAAAUGGCCGAAAAUAGGGAAGAAAAAGUAGGGGAAGAAAGUGAGAAAGAAGAAGAAUACAUUAUAGAAGAUGAAUUUAAAUUGAAUAAAUCAGCGAUGAAAAAAGAAAAUUUUGUAAAAACUUUGUCGAACAGGAGGGUUUCAUUCAGUUCUGAUCCUCCCAUGGAGUUCUCUGAGAAGAAGAAUGGUGAAAAGAAAAAAGCCAAGAAAUCGAAAAAACCUAAAAUAAGUUCACGCUUAUCAGAUUCAGCACUUCUUAGGCCGAUGCGAACUAAGGGCCAACUAUCAUGCAACAAAGCAGUUUUUCAGGAGGAGGAGGUUUCAUUUGACGAAGAGCGAAGAUUGAAAGAAAAAGAGUUGCUAGACCAGAAACUUAACUGUUUAAAAAUUGUUCAAAUUAGACGAAAUUCUACAAUAAACUAAACUUUUAUCAACAUCUAAA